AUCAUUCAUUUCGUUUUUAUGUCUUAUACCGUUGCAGCUAAAAUAACGCAGGGAAUCAAUAGGCCAGCCCCGACUCCCGGUGUUCGAACAAGUCAUUAAUGGUCGGCUUCAUUGGUACCCUUUUCUUUUUUCGGUAUGCCGCUCCGCGAGCAAGGAGCGAAAGAACCAAGUGGGCUGUGGUCAUGUCAGAAUUUGCACCUAUUUGUAUCUCUUUAGUGAUCAGUCUGCUAGUUUCUUUGAUCCCACUCGGUGUUCCUUUUCCCUUUGCUUCCAAUAGUUGGACCUAUCCAGAAAAAUUGUCGGCCUACGAAUGUGGUUUCGAUCCUUUCGGUGAUGCCAGAAGUCGUUUCGAUAUACGAUUUUAUCUUGUUUCAAUUUUAUUUAUUAUUCCUGAUCCGGAAGUCACCUUUUCCUUUCCUUGGGCAGUACCUCCCAACAAGAUUGAUCCGUUUGGAUCUUGGUCUAUGAUGGCCUUUUUAUUGAUUUUGACGAUUGGAUCUCUCUAUGAAUGGAAAAGGGGUGCUUCGGAUCGGGAGUAA